GCUGGGGGCGAGGGCGACAAGCCCUUCUACGUGAACGUCGAGUUCCACCACGAGCGCGGCCUCGUGAAGGUCAAUGACAAGGAGGUGUCGGAGCGCAUCAGCGCCCUGGGCAGCCAGGCCAUGCAGCUGGAGCGCAAGAAGGGCGGCGUGGGGGGCGGCGACGCACCCAGGCCCCCGCAGCGCGUGCGGGCCUCGGAGAGCGGCUGCGGCCUGGACAUGGACUACGAGGACGCUGAGCUCAACCCCCGUUUCCUGAAGGACAAUUUGAUCCAGUCCAACGGCGGCGGCGGCCGGGCCCCCUGGCCACCCCUGGAGUAUCAGCCCUACCAGAGCGUCUACAUCGGGGGCCUGAUGGGCGAGGGCGAGGGCAAGGGCCAGCUCCUGCGCAGCCAAAGCGCCUCGGAGCCGGAGAAGCGCCUCACCUGGCCGCGCAGGUCCUACUCCCCGCGCAGUUUCGAGGACAGCGGCGGGGGCUACACCCCGGACUGCAGCUCCAACGAGAACCUGACCUCCAGCGAGGAGGACUUCUCCUCCGGCCAGUCCAGCCGCGUGUCCCCCAGCCCCACCACCUAUCGCAUGUUCCGGGACAAGAGCCGCUCCCCCUCCCAGAACUCUCAACAGUCCUUUGAGAGCAGCAGCCCCCCCACGCCGCAGUGCCAGAAGCGCCCUAGGCAGGGCCAGGUUGUAGUGGCCGAGGCCACCAUCGUGGGUGUCCGCAAGACCGGGCAGAUCUGGCCCAGUGAUGUGGACAGCUUGCAUGGAGAGCCAGAUGCUGCGUUCGGGACGCCCCCCGGUUACAGCUGCGCCGCGGACCAGGCGGAGGAGCAGCGGAGGCACCAGGAUGGGCUGCCCUACAUCGACGACUCCCCCUCCUCCUCCCCGCACCUUGGCAGUAAGAGCAGGGCCGGCCGGGAGGCGCUGACCGCCGGAGCCUCCGAGCCCAAAGGGGGCGAGCUGGACGUGGAGAAGGGCUUGGAGAUGAGAAAAUGGGUCCUGUCGGGAAUCCUGGCCAGUGAGGAGCUGUACCUGAACCACCUGGAGGCCCUGCUGCUGCCCAUGAAACCCCUGAAGGCGGCGGCCACCACCUCCCAGCCGGUGCUGACGAGCCAGCAGAUCGAGACCAUCUUCUUUAAGGUGCCGGAGCUCCACGAGAUCCACAGGGACUUCUACGACGGGCUCCUCCCGCGCGUGCAGCAGUGGGGCCACCAGCAGCGAGUGGGCGACCUCUUCCAGAAGUUGGCCAGCCAGCUGGGCGUGUACCGGGCCUUUGUGGACAACUACAGCAUCGCCAUGGAGACAGCGGAGAAGUGCUGCCAGGCCAACGCUCAGUUUGCAGAAAUCUCCGAGAAUCUGAGAGCCAGGAGCAGCAAGGACUCCAAGGACCAGACGACCAAGAACUCUCUGGAAACCCUGCUCUACAAGCCCGUGGACCGGGUGACCCGUAGCACGCUCGUCCUGCACGAUCUGCUGAAGCACACGCCACCCAGCCACCCCGACCACCCGCUGCUGCAGGAUGCCCUCCGGAUCUCUCAGAACUUCCUGUCCAGCAUCAACGAGGAGAUAACGCCCCGCCGACAGUCCAUGACCGUCAAGAAGGGCGAGCACCGGCAGCUGCUGAAGGACAGCUUCAUGGUGGAGCUGGUGGAGGGGGCACGCAAGCUGCGCCACGUCUUCCUGUUCACUGACCUGCUGCUCUGUGCCAAGCUCAAGAAACAGGGUGGAGGCAAAACCCAGCACUAUGACUGCAAGUGGUACAUCCCCCUGACGGACCUGAGCUUCCAGACCGUGGAUGAGUCAGAGGCGGCGCCCAGCAUCCCCCGGGUCCCUGACGAGGAGCUGGACACCAUCAAGAUCAAGAUCUCGCAGAUCAGGAGCGACAUCCAGCGAGAGAAGCGAGCCAACAAGGGCAGCAAAGCCAUGGAGAGGCUGAGGAAGAAGCUGUCUGAGCAGGAGUCGCUGCUGUUGCUCAUGUCACCCAACAUGGCCUUCAGGGUGCACAGUCGGCACGGCAAGAGCUACACCUUCCUCAUCUCGUCCGACUAUGAGCGUGCCGAGUGGAGGGAGAACAUCCGGGAACAGCAGAAGAAAUGCUUCAAAAGCUUCUCGCUGACCUCGGUGGAGCUGCAGAUGCUGACCAACUCCUGCGUCAAGCUGCAGACUGUCCACAACAUUCCACUGACCAUCAACAAGGAAGAUGAUGAGUCGCCGGGGCUCUAUGGCUUCCUGAAUGUCAUCGUUCACUCGGCCACUGGAUUUAAGCAGAGCUCCAGUCUGUACUGCACGCUGGAGGUGGACUCCUUCGGCUACUUCGUGAACAAAGCCAAGACCCGAGUCUACAGGGACACGGCUGAGCCAAACUGGAACGAGGAGUUUGAGAUCGAUCUCGAGGGCUCGCAGACCCUGCGCAUCCUGUGCUACGAGAAGUGCUACCACCGGGCCAAGCUGGCUAAGGAAGAUGGCGAGAGCACGGACCGGAUUAUGGGGAAGGGCCAGGUCCAGCUGGAGCCCCAGGCGCUGCAGGAGAAAGACUGGCAGAGAACCGUGAUCGUCAUGAAUGGGAUUGAAGUGAAACUCUCCAUGAAGUUCACCAGCCGGGAGUUCAGCUUGAAGAGGAUGCCAUCUCGCAAGCAGACAGGUGUCUUUGGGGUCAAGAUCGCAGUAGUCACCAAGAGAGAGCGGUCCAAGGUGCCCUACAUCGUGCGGCAGUGCGUGGAGGAGAUCGAGCGCCGGGGCAUGGAGGAGGUGGGCAUCUACCGCGUGUCGGGCGUGGCCACGGACAUCCAGGCGCUGAAGGCGGCCUUUGACGUCAACAAUAAGGACGUGUUGGUGAUGAUGAGCGAGAUGGAUGUCAACGCCAUCGCUGGCACGCUCAAGCUCUACUUCCGUGAGCUGCCCGAGCCCCUCUUUACCGACGAGCUGUACCCCAACUUCACCGAGGGCAUCGCCCUCUCUGACCCCGUGGCAAAGGAGAGCUGCAUGGUGAACCUGCUGCUGUCGCUCCCAGAGGCCAACCUGCUCACCUUCCUGUGCCUCCUGGGCCACCUCAAAAGGGUGGCCGAGAAGGAGACGGUGAACAAGAUGUCGCUACACAACCUGGCCACCGUCUUUGGCCCCACGCUGCUCCGGCCCUCGGAGAAGGAGAGCAAAGUCCCCGCCACGCCCGGCCAGCCCAUCUCCAUGAGCGACAGCUGGUCCCUGGAGGUCAUGUCUCAGGUCCAGGUGUUGCUGUACUUCCUGCAGCUGGAUACCAUCCCUGCCCCAGACAGUAAGAGACAGAGCAUCCUCUUCUCCACUGAAGUCUAAGGCCAUGAUGGGCGGGCAGGCCCCUGGCUGGACACACCCUCCACAGAGUGGGAGCCGAACCUUCCUCCCAGUGCCUGGCCGUCUGCCCAGAGACUGCUACCCCAAGCCAAAGGUGGCCCGGGGCCUGGGCCUGGGCAGGACUGGGCUGGCCUCCCAGCUGUGGUUCUCCAGCCGUCCAGCGGAGGGCGCCCCACACCAGUGCGCCUCAGCCACAGGCCACAGUGGUGGUUUUCGUCAAGCUUAAUGUAUCCAGAGUUUUAAACGUUUCUGCUGGAUUCCUCAAGAUGCACCCUUUCCGGGGACAGGGCGACACGGCCCAAUGCCUCCACUCUUGAGUCUUAAUGAAACACUGCUGUUGCUUUCUAA